AUGACUGAUGAAAGUAAUGUAUGUGGGAAGUCACGUUUCAGUACUAAGCUUGAAGAAUUGUCUGCUGAAAUUAAUGAAUAUGAUAAAAAUGGGAAGGAUAUCAGUCAUAAUGAAUACCUUGUUCAGCUUCAAACUUUGGAGCCAGACUGUGGAUUUAAUGAAUCUGGAAAAUACUUUUACAAGGCAGACUCUGAUAGCCAAAAGAGAUCCCAUGGUGGAAAAAAAACAGCACACCUCACUAGACAUCAGAGAAUACACACAGGGGAGAAACCCUAUGAAUGUAUUAAAUGUGGGAAAACCUUCUAUGUAAAAUCAAAACUUACUGUGCAUCAGAGAACGCACACAGGGGAGAAACCUUCCGAGUGUACUGAAUGUGGGAUAACCUUCAGUCACAAGUCAACACUCACUGAACAUCAGAGAACACACACAGGAGAGAAACCCUAUGUGUGUACUGAAUGUGGGAAAACCUUCUGUGUAAAGUCAAAACUGACUGUACAUCAGAGAAUACACACUAGGGAGAAACAUUAUGAAUGUAUUCAAUGUGGGAAAACCUUCAGUGGUAACUCACACCUCACAGUACAUCAGAGAAAACAUACAGGAGAGAAGCCCUUUGAAUGUACAGAAUAUGGGAAAACAUUCAGCCACAAGUCUUCCCGUGUUGAGCAUCAGAGAACACACGCUGGGGAGAAACCCUAUGAAUGUACUGAGUAUGGGAAAACCUUCAGUAGCAAUUCAAAUCUCAAAGUACAUCAGAGAACACACACAGGAGAGAAGCCCUAUGAAUGUACUGACUGUGGGAAAACCUACAGUCACAAAUCAAGUCUUAAUGAACAUUGCAGAAGACACAGUGGGUAGAAGCCCUGUGAAUGUGAUAAAUGUGGUACAUCAUUCUGCCACAAUUUGGUCCUUACUAAAUACCAGAGAAUUCCAAAAGGAAAGAAGAACUAUGAGUAUAAUCUAUAUAAGAAAUCUUUCUUGCUAGAAGGCAAACUCCAUGGUACAUCAGAUAGCACACCUGGGAGAAGAAGUCUUUAAAUAUUUUAAAUCUCAAAACCC